GCCGCGGCAGCCAUGUUGGACGUGGAGAGCACAGGGGCCGGCACCAGAGGGUUAUCGAAGCAGCUGUCACGAUGCUGGGGUCCCUGGUGUUGAGGAGAACAGUGCCGGCGCCGCGGCUGCUCCUCCAGCUGCUUAGGUCCCCAUCGCUCCGGAGCCGUGGGAGUGCCACCGACCGGAGUGUGACCACCGGGGGACGCGAGGAGCCUCAGUGGCUGAGGGCAGCCAUCGGGGGGCGCCCUGGAACAUCGCCGGCCUUACUCACCAGAGGAGAGGCAGCCACUGGGGGGCGCCAGAGAGGAGGUACCGAGACCCCCGCCACGUGGGGACGCCUUCCUAGCCCUGAAGACACUCUGCCUGGACAGGACAGCUGGAACGGGGUCCUCAACAGGGCCGGAAUGGGCGUGUGGGCGCUGGCGACGGUGCUGGUGGUACACUGUUACAGCAAGAGCCCGUCCAACAAGGAUGCAGCCCUGGUGGAAGCUGUUCGAGCCAACAAUGUCCAAGAAGUCAACAGGCUGUUGUCGGAAGGUGCUGAUGUCAAUGCAAGGCACAGACUUGGCUGGACAGCACUCAUGGUGGCAGCCAUCAACCGAAACGACAGUGUGGUGCAGGUCCUGCUUGCAGCUGGUGCUGACCCAAACCUCGGGGAUGAUUUCAGCAGUGUUUACAAGACUGCCAAGGAGCAGGGAAUCCAUUCUUUAGAAGUCCUGGUUACCCGAGAGGAUGACUUCAACAACCGGCUGAACAACCGUGCCAGCUUCAAGGGCUGCACAGCCCUGCACUAUGCUGUCCUUGCUGACGACUACCGCACCGUCAAGGAGCUGCUUGAUGGAGGAGCUAAUCCCCUGCAGAGGAAUGAAAUGGGACACACACCCUUGGAUUAUGCUCGAGAAGGGGAGGUGAUGAAGCUUUUAAGGACUUCUGAGGCCAAGUACCAGGAGAAGCAGCGGAAACGUGAGGCCGAGGAACGGCGCCGCUUUCCCCUGGAGCAGCGGCUGAAGGAGCACAUCAUUGGCCAGGAGAGUGCCAUCGCCACAGUAGGUGCUGCGAUCCGGAGGAAGGAGAAUGGCUGGUACGACGAAGAACACCCUCUGGUCUUCCUCUUCCUGGGAUCAUCUGGAAUAGGAAAAACAGAACUGGCCAAGCAGACAGCCAAAUAUAUGCACAAAGAUGCCAAAAAGGGUUUCAUCAGGCUAGACAUGUCUGAGUUCCAGGAGCGGCAUGAGGUGGCCAAGUUUAUUGGGUCCCCACCUGGCUAUAUUGGCCAUGAGGAGGGUGGCCAGCUGACCAAGAAGCUGAAGCAGUGCCCCAACGCUGUGGUGCUCUUCGAUGAGGUGGACAAAGCCCAUCCAGAUGUGCUCACCAUCAUGCUGCAGCUGUUUGAUGAGGGCCGGCUGACUGAUGGAAAAGGGAAGACCAUCGACUGCAAGGACGCCAUCUUCAUCAUGACCUCCAAUGUGGGCAGUGACGAGAUAGCACAGCACGCGCUGCAGCUGAGGCAGGAGGCUUUGGAGAUGAGCCAUAACCGGAUUGCCGAGAACCUUGGGGAUGUCCAGACUAGUGACAAGAUCACCAUCUCUAAGAACUUCAAGGAAAAUGUGAUUCGCCCCAUCCUAAAAGCUCACUUCAGGAGAGAUGAGUUUCUGGGACGAAUCAAUGAGAUCGUCUACUUCCUCCCCUUCUGCCACUCGGAGCUCAUCCAACUCGUCAACAAGGAGCUGAAUUUCUGGGCCAAGAGAGCCAAGCAAAGGCACAACAUCACACUGCUCUGGGACCGUGAGGUGGCGGACGUGUUGGUUGACGGCUACAAUGUGCACUAUGGCGCCCGCUCCAUUAAGCAUGAGGUGGAGCGCCGUGUGGUAAACCAGCUGGCAGCCGCCUAUGAGCAGGACCUGCUGCCAGGGGGCUGCACUCUGCGCAUCACUGUGGAGGACUCAGACAAGCAGCUACUCAAGAGUCCUGAACUGCCCUCACCCCAGGCUGAGAAGCGUCCACCCAAGCUGCGGCUGGAGAUCAUCGAUAAGGACAGCAAGACCCACAGAUUGGACAUCCAGGCACCACUAAACCCUGAGAAGGUGUGCCACACCCUCUAGCGUCUACCUACCUGCCUAUACGUGCCCUGAACACCUAAUAAAGCCCCCUUGGCUGUGGCAUGGUAACCGAC